AUGGGAAAACGCAGACCUAUGCCUGUACAGCAGGCCAAACCCAAGUCUCACAGAGCAGGAUCUUCUAUUACCAAGAGUCUUCAUCGCAAUAAUCUCACAGAUGGCCAUUCACCGACACCCUCAUCAUCCCUCCCACCUCCCUCGAUCGAUGUUCCAGAUACCACCCCACGAUUCAAGGAGCUGCGAGGGCUCUAUGGCAUCGACCCUGCCAUCAUCGAUACCCUGACAGAUGAUCUCAAAUUUGAUCAUAUGAUGCCUGUUCAGGCUGCCACUCUGGCUCCUCUGCUUGAGGGCAAUGAUUGUCUGGCGCAGGCAAAGACCGGUACCGGAAAGACAAUGGCCUUUCUCCUCCCUGCCGUCAAAACUCUUUUGCAAAAUAGGACCCAACGCCUGUCCGCAUUAGUUCUCUGCCCAACCAGAGAGCUUGCUUUGCAGAUCGCGGAUGAGGCUAAGAGACUGCUACAACGAUUUCCACGAGUCAAAGUUGCUACUUCAAUCGGAGGAACCAACAAGAACACAGAGGCGCAAAGAAUCCUGAAUGGCUGCGACAUCUUAGUCGCUACCCCUGGUCGACUUCUGGACCAUCUGUCGGGUGAGCAGAGCAUUUCUGUUGAUACCAUCCAGACUCUGGUGCUCGAUGAAGCAGAUCGAAUGCUAGACAUGGGAUUCCUGCCAGAUAUGCAGAGGAUCCUGGCCUACAUCCCAAAAGGUCCACGACAAACCAUGCUCUUCUCCGCAACCAUGGAUGAUCAGAUUGCAAAUGUUACUAAGCUGUUCUUGAGAGAAGGCUACAAGUACAUCUCCACGAUACCUGAGGGCGAGGCCAACACCCAUGAACGAGUGAAUCAAUACCUUGUCACCACCCCUUCAAUCAUCGAGCAUGCUCCGGCCCUGGUCUCACUUGUCAGAUCCGAGCUUGCAACUAGCGAUGAUUUCAAGGCAAUUGUGUUCGCACCAACUGCAGCCCAAGCGGACUUCUUUGGACACGUCCUUGCAUCAACCCGCGGUCUACCACCCGUUUCAAUUUUACAUUCCCGCCUAUCACAGAGCAAGCGUACCAACAUCACUGCCGCGUUCCGAACAAGCAAAAAUGCGAUUUGCGUGGCAACUGAUGUCAUUGCUCGUGGCAUGGACUUUCCCGGCGUUUCACAUGUGUUCCAAGUAGGCUUGCCCCCUGAUCGAGAAUCUUAUAUCCAUCGAUUGGGCCGCACAGCUCGUGCCGGGGCUGAAGGUUGCGGACUUUUGAUCUUGAGCCAGGAAGAGACGGUUUUUCUGAAUCAAUUGAAGAAGGUACGGGUGCAGAAAUAUGAGAAGCCUCUUGACUAUAAAGUCCAAGACAUCAGCCAAGCUCUAGCGACCCUAGAGCAAGAGACGAAAGAAAAGGUCUAUCGAGCAUGCCUAGGCUACUUGAAAAUGUCCGCCAGGUUAUUAAGGUGGUCUUCUGAAAGGGUCGUACAGGAAGCCAACAAGUUUGCAUUACAAGGUCUUGAUUGUCCAGAAGUGCCUCCUCUGGAGAAACGUCUGAUCGGUAAGAUGGGCUUGAAGGGAGUACCUGGCCUAGUGGUGGUGCCGAACGCACCGGGAUCUUCUCACGGCCGUCCGCGAACGGGAGAUAGAGGCCGUUAA